AUGAACCUCACAAUCUCUUCAUUACAUUCACGCGUCCAGCUGAUUUAUCUCCACACAGAUACAUUGAUAAUGUCUUACAUCAACAGCUGAGUUUGGGGUUAAUGGCUGUUUAAUGAGUGCACCACUGGAAAUGAUGAAUGGAGGGUAUUCUUCUAGAUUCUUUACAUACAGGAGUGUCAUCCUGAUCUUUCUGAAGUGUGGGUAGAUUGAGGUGACGAUGGCAUCUGACCUGAAGCAGACGAGCGGAGAGACCUUCGUGCUUUCAGGAUCAAAUGUGCUGAAUGGAGGGAAGUCGGCAGGAGCUGCAGCCGUGCGGAGAAACCACACCAGCUGGCUGUCCCGAGUGGCCAGGAUGGCUUCGGAAGUGCAGGACAAAUGUGCAGCGUAUGUGUUGGCAUUGAGGCCGUGGAGUUUUAGCGCCUCGCUCACACCUGUGGCUCUGGGCAGCGCUCUGGCAUACAAACUGGAGGGCUCCGUGGACCUCCUCGUCCUGCUGGUCUGUGCUGUGGCCGUUCUGGUGGUCCAUGGGGCAGGGAACUUGGUGAACACCUACUAUGAUUUCUCAAAGGGAAUCGACCAUAAGAAGAGUGAUGACAGGACUUUAGUGGAUCAGAUCUUGAAGCCACAGGACGUGGUGAUGUUCGGGGCGGUGUUGUACUCGGCUGGAUGUCUGUGUGCCACUCUGUUGUACUUCCUCUCCACACUGAAAUUGGAGCAUUUAGCACUGAUUUAUUUUGGAGGACUGUCCAGUUCAUUUUUAUAUACUGGAGGUGAAUAUAGCAAUCCGUUUUGUAUAGGACUGAAGUAUGUUGCCCUGGGCGACGUGGUCAUCCUCAUCACCUUCGGUCCUCUGGCCGUCAUGUUUGCUCACGCCGUGCAGGUGGGCUACUUGUCCGUUUUGCCGCUGGUCUAUGCCGUACCGCUGGCGCUCAAUACUGAAGCCAUCCUGCACAGCAACAACACCCGAGAUAUGGACUCAGACAAGCAGGCAGGUAUCGUCACCCUGGCCAUCUUGGUGGGGCCCACGCUGUCUUACGUCAUCUACAAUCUGCUGCUUUUCGUACCGUAUUUGCUCUUCUGUAUCUUAGCCACACGCUAUACAAUUAGCAUGGCUCUUCCGCUGUUAACGCUGCCCAUGGCCUUCCCUCUGGAGAGGCAGUUCCGCCGGCAGUGUUACGCCAAGAUCCCUCAGACCACCGCAAAGCUCAAUUUGCUCAUGGGACUCUUCUACGUUUUUGGGAUUAUAUUGGCGCCGCAGGGGAGCUUGCCAUUAUUGUGAGAACUUUUUCCGUUCUUUUAAAACAUUUGUCCUGUUUGUUUUAAACAACAUUAGAUUGUUAGAUUUUUUUUUAUUUUAGCAAUGUUAAUCUAAAGUUGAGAGACUUUAAUUUAUUGUUGUUUAUUUAUGUUUCAGAGUGAGCAAGCUCAUCAGUAUUGUGAAAGACAAACAUAAUGAUAUCUGUGCUUUUACAUCUAGUUUACUAGUGAUUAAACAGUUUCAGAGAUAUUCUGGACAUUUCUCAUUAUUUCCUCAUUAUUUUUUUUAAUGUUUUUUUAACAUGAACGUGUUUUUUUAAUGUUUGAUUUGUAAUUUUACAAAACCAACAAGAAGAGCAUAUUUCAUGUCAAGUUUCAAGUACCAAAUCUUUGAGUUCUGUGUAAGUCUAUGUGGACACUAAUACAUUUUCUUUGGAAAACACAUUAAUUCCUCUAUAUUAAUGCCUCUCAUGCACACUAGAAUGGGGUUUUCCUCCACCAAAAGCAGAGAAUUGAAAUUUAAAAUGAUUACUUUAGGAAACUGAAAACGGAGGUAUCGGACUUUAACGGAUUAGUACGGUUGCGACCUCAGUGUACAAUAAAGGGUCCAGAGUGUAUGGAGUAUAAUUAGUAUCUGCUCAGUAUUGUCAUGAAGAAACGUUAUCAGUACAGAAGUAUUUAGUUAUAGUGCCACUGACUAAGUGCUGUUUUUUGCCAAAGCCUUUCACAAAAUAAAUGUGUAAAUCAGAUAUGCAAACUCCUCAACCUUUCUGUAUAAUUUGCCGUUUUGAAACCAAAAUUGGUCACCAUUGUGAUUCAUGCAGAUCCGAUGAGUUUUUGUUUUUGGGGGAGGGGGAGAGGGAGGGGUCGGUCUCCUUUGUGAUUGAUUACAGCAACGGCCAGUCACGUGCUUGGCUACAGCAGCGCGUGCACACAGUGAAUCUGCGUCUGACAGGAAUUGUGUGUGAAGGUCUCUGAUGAAGCGGCCCUGAAACAACUGCAUGACAUUCAGUAAAAUACCGAACGACUGAAUGAGAGGGGCAUGAUGUUCAUUCACUUUAGCAUCGGCAUGUGAGUCUACCUUGUUCAUCAUGGAGAGAAAAGAGCGGAAGAGCUAUUAAUGUGUAAAAGUGACUACACGUUGAGGGGCUUUCACAUGCCAAAUACAUUAAAGUCUAUGAAGUGACGUGUCAGCAUAACCUCGGAUCCAACUUCACACCAAAGUGUUUUUCACACACAAUUUUACCUCUAACAAAUGAUAUUUUUGAGAGUGCAAAGCUACAAGAAAUAUUUAAAAACUGUCCAAAUUUAUGAAGAGAUAUUGAAUGUUUCUACCAAAUACAUGUUUUCAGUCUUUAUUGUGCACAUCUCCCACUUUCGUGCAUCACAAGCUCGUAAAUUCGCCCCUCCGUGACACUUUCUGCAGCGCUUGUCAUGUGGAGGGCAAAGCGCCGCUUGACCCUGGCGUUUAGUGGAGCGUUGACACCUCGUCUCAACUCAUGAAAUGCACUUUAAAAUGACGAAAUGACAUUAUUGAAACUCAAAAUUAUUAUUAUUAUUAUGCUAUUAUUGUUGUCUUUUCUGAUAAAAGUCAUGCUCAGCAGUUUAAAUACUGUAGGAAAAUGACACAAUACAUCUGCUUUGUUCUUCUAAUGCUUAAACAUUCUAAUGAAGUCAGUAGAUUUGACAUGCACAUUUUAAUAAAGGAGAAGGUAAUGAUGUAAUUGAUGCUCAUUAAGAUUAGAAAUAUUAUAUUGUUGUCUUUUCUGAUAAAAGUCAUGCUCAUCGGUUCACAAACUGAAGGAAAAUUAUAGAUCUCUUGAUAGAUUUCAGUUGUAAACAACUCAAAAUGAUUGAAUGACUCACUCAUAGCACAGAAGACAAUCAUUUGACAUCUCCAGAAGUGGUCCCUGAACUAAUCAGUUGAAAAACAGAUUACAUUUGUGAAAAGGAAGGAAGCCACACCAAAAUACCCUUAAUUUUUUGCAGCUAAUUCUGCACAAUUGUGCUGGAAAUUUUCUGUACUUGAAUCAUUAAAAAUCGCUGAGUUGGUUCUUUUAGGUUAUUCUUUAAAAAAAUAUCCCUGGAAAACAUGUUCGUGGUUCAUGAGUUUGCAUCCCUGGUAAAUGUACCCCAUUAAAGCUCCAGAGUUUAAAGGAAGGUGUAGAAUGCUUUUCAGCCGGAUCUCAUGUAAAGGCAGUGUUUAAAGAUGUAUUUUAUGGCCACAUACUUUUUAAAAUUAUUAUUAUUAUUUUUCAAAUAAAAGAAAUACCAAACCAA